AUGUGGAUUGCGCAUUACGCCUCAGGUCUCGUUGCCAAACCAUUUGCUCCUGGUGUCCCGCUCUGGCUCCUCGCUUUAGCCGGAGCUCUGCCUGACGCUGUGUUUUUCGUGCUGAAUUUCCUCGGUAUCGAGUCUUUCCAAGUAGAUCCCGGUCUGCAAAAGAAAGGAUGCUUCCCAUAUGCUACCGACUAUCCUUACAGCCACUCUUUGGCUGGGAUGUUUGUAGUAGGUGCAAUUUUAGCCGCUGUCUACAAAACCCAGACAAGGCGACAAGUAUCAUUCCAAGACUUGGCGGUGAUCACCCUCACCUCAGGCAGCCAUUUCCUGCUCGAGUGGCCUUCCCACCGCGCCGAUGUCAAAGUCAUGCCGCAUGACAAUACCUCCUUCGGCGCUGGCCUUUUUGACCAUCCAGGUCUCAUAUUCGUUUCGGAGACGCUGAUAUUCCUCGCCGGGCUAUGGGUGUACACUAGUUUCGCCCCGUUGGCUACAAGGUCCGGUUAUAAGCAGAACAUGAACUGGUUCUGGGCCGUCAUUGGCGUGAUGGUAAUGCAGCAGGCCCAGUUUAGUCUGAAUGCGGCUCCGACGACGGAAACCCGAUGGGUCCAUGCACCAGCGUUCCUGGGUGAAAUUCUGGGGAGUGCCUGGCUACUGGGGAAGCUCGAAGGCUGAGUUUGGCCACCAUGACCCUUGACUCUAUAGUGGCCGAUCCGGAGUAAUCGAAGUUCUGUG